AUGUUUAGGACGACGUCGAAAACCGUACGGGUCAAGGGAAUACCUCUAAAUUUAAAUCAGGAAGAUUUUCUAGAGAAAGCAGAGUAUUGUUCACGCGACCUGCGCCGGCCAUGGCCCCAAUCUGUCAAUCUUGGUGGUUCUAAAAUAUCUCUUGCGAUUGAACGAGAGGAUCAAGUGGGGACAAUCACCUUGCCCUCGCCGAAGCAUAAAGAGGAAGCUUUAAAGUACCACAACACAGAAUGGGAAUUCGAUGACAAUUUCAGCGGCAUUACAACUCUGUAUUCAUCGGACGACCCAGAGGUGGAUGUAUGCGCUGUUCAUGGUUUGAACGGAAAUGCAUUUGAGAGUUGGGUAGCGACCAAAAAUCAAAAGAUGUGGCUACGCGACUUACUGCCACUGUCGAAACCUUUUGACAAAGCUCGCAUAAUGACAUUUGGGUACAGCUCUCGUUUGCGCGAUAGAGGAAAUCUUUCUGGAAUCACUGUCUGGUCGCAAGAUCUACUUCGAAGCGUCAGCAGCCUUAGAAAAACCAAGAAAGAACGAGAGCGUCCUAUUUUGUUUGUGUGUCAUUCUAUGGGAGGUCUUGUUGCUCGCCAGGCAAUGGUAGAGUUAGACAAAUACGGAAGCCAAUCGGAAUAUAAUGGAAUUAGUCCUGCAAAAUGUGCCCUACUUUUCUUGAGCACGCCUCAUUCUGGCUCACUCGAAGCUGACUGGAGUGACUUCUUGACUGACAUCGCUCAACUAACUAUGGGUGUACGAAAAGAAAUUGUGAAGACACUGGGGAGUUUCAAUCCCAUGUCAACUGAAAGUCAGAGAGAAUUCAUGAACAUGAAAAUCAUACCCCCCUUUGACGCGUUUUUCGAGACUCGGGUGACUUCUGUUGCCAGGAUUAUUCACCGACAGAUUGUUACACAGCAGUCUGCCAGCUUGUCAAACUGUACAGCGAAGGGAAUGCCAGAUGUUGAUCACAACACAAUAUGCAAAUUUGAGUCAAAAUUUGGAGGAUUUGAACAAGUGGCGGAUAAGCUGAGGCACCUAAAAGACAUUUUGGAUAGAAAGUCUGAUGUCCUUGCAAUUAAAAUCGAUAAACCGUGGGAUUCCCCACCCGUUGCAUCUAACUCAUUCCUACCCGCCGGUAAAAAGUUUUUCGAAGGUAAGGGCUUGAGGCAAAAUCCAAAAACGCAAGUUCGGCAAGUAGAUAUGAGUAAUCUUGCCGAUUCUGUUGAGACACUAGACAGGAAUGAUUACUCAUCUCUUGUAAUGGUAGGCAUAGGGGGUAUCGGGAAGACGACAGCUGUACUAGGAAUCGCUCGUAAAAAUAAAGACCAACGUAAUAUAUUUUUCGUGCACGCCACCGAUGGAGAGUCAUUGAGAAAGGCAUAUCUUGAUCUUGCAAUGCAAAUAGGUCAUGAGUAUUUGCUUAAAGACUGCCAAGGCCAAGAUCUUUAUAACAUUUGGAGGAACAACCCUUCCGAUGAAAAGAUUGAAAGAUUCAAGAAAUGGUUGGGUGACGAAGAGAAUGAAAGUGCCCUGCUCAUUCUUGACGAUAUUGACGGGAUGAAAGACUUCGGUCGAAAUCUUUUCGCUGAUAUCCCUGAACAAGCAAGAAACAUCUUGUUAACAACAAGGAACCCCAAUAUCCGUCUACGAGACCACUGCAAGACUAUCAAGUUAAAUAAAAUGGAGAUUGAUGAUAUUGUAACUAUCUUGGAAGAGGUCCAAUCUUCGGAAGAUGAAGACACAGAAGACUUUCUCGACCUAAAUAAUCAUGAUGUCUUACUCUCUAUUGCUAAUGCGGUUCAUGGGCAUCCACUUGCUGCCUGUAUAGCCAUGAAGUAUAUCAUCCAGGUUCAGUCUCUUGAUGAUUACAGGUCCGCUGGCCAGGAUUUUGUUUCCAUGCUUUCUGGUUCAGACCAUAAGGCACGAAUGACAUUUCUACAAUACAAACCACAAAUGCCUUCUAUUAUGGAAACAUUCAUCGUAUCCAAGGAGCGCCUAUCUCAUCCUCAGGGCCCGGCUUGGUCAUUGCUGGAAGUUCUCAGUCUUCUUGAAACAGACGAAUCCAUUGUUGAUUUCAAAAAAUUCUUCGCAUUCUCGAACAUUGAGAAUACAGAAGAAUUUCCAGACUUCGAUAUACUUGGUUUGCGAAAAGAGGGAAUAAUGCCUUUAUUGCAUCAGAUUGAAGAAGUUUCUUUUAUGGAAAGACCCAGGCGUUCGAAGCCUCUUCGUAUCCAUCCUCUCUGGGCCGAAUGCGUUCGCCAAUUGAUGGGAAUAAACCGUAUGUUAAGUUUGAUGAGACAAAUUUUGACAAUCUGUUAUUACUCAACAACUACGGUUUCUGGAAAAAGUAUGAGCUGUCACUACUAUCCCCACGUCAAACAUUGUAUGAGGAUUUGCGGGAGUUUUGGCAUCAGUAUAUCGAGCUUGAGAAUGCAGGAGGAGAUUAACAUGCUAGUUCAUAGUUUGACGACUUGA